CUCAUUGCAGAGGGGAGGAGAAAGAGCAGAAAGGCUCAGGUUGCUGCCCUCCGAGGGGCGGAUGUCGGAGGCAGGGUGGUAGGUUUAUAGGGAGCAGCUGCAGCAGCUUGGGAAGGAAUUCCGAUUUCACCUUGGAUUCUCGUCUCCACUCCCAGCUGCAAGAACUCUAAGAUCAUCCAACACCAUGCAGCUUGCGGUUUCUGUUGCAGUGGUCCUCAUGGCUUUGUUUGUUGUGACAGCCUCCACUGAGGUUGGGCCGACAGAGCCGACCCUGUCUCAAAAAUUCGAGAACUUCCAGCGUAAUGUUCAGACUUUUAUUGGCAACGCUGGAGAGAAGACCAAAACAGUUCUCCAGGACAUCCACAACAGUGAGCCAAUCACCAAAGCCAGGAACUGGCUCUCUGAAAGAUUCCAGCAGGUGAAGGACAAAGUCAAGGCGACGUUUUCCAGCGAGGGAUCUGACUGAAUCCAUCCCUUCCCCACCAUCGCACACCUCUGAUUGGAAGGAUGUUCUGCAUAUGACUCUCCACCGCCAGCAGGUUGCAGUGGAGGAACAUCUAUUUCUCUCCAGGUGCAGGAAAAUCUGGAAGGAGGAGGACGCAGGGCUGCAUGGCCACACCUCUCCCUCGGCUCCUUCAUUUUCUAUUUUUUUGUUACGCAUUUAUUGAAAUCAUUUAUUACCCUCAAAUAAACAGAAGAUUCCUCACUCUGUAA